AUGAUGAGGCAUGAUGAGGGGAGGGAUGAUGAGGGGAGGGAUGAUGAGGGGAGGGAUGAUGAGGGGAGGGAUGAUGAGGGGAGGGAUGAUGAGGGGAGGGAUGAUGAGGGGAGGGAUGAUGAGGGGAGGGAUGAUGAGGGGAGGGAUGAUGAGGGGAGGGAUGAUGAGGGGAGGGAUGAUGAGGGGAGGGAUGAUGAGGGGAGGGAUGAUGAGGGGAGGGAUGAUGAGGGGAGGGAUGAUGAGGGGAGGGAUGAUGAGGGGAGGGAUGAUGAGGGGAGGGAUGAUGAGGGGAGGGAUGAUGAGGGGAGGGAUGAUGAGGGGAGGGAUGAUGAGGGGAGGGAUGAUGAGGGGAGGGAUGAUGAGGGGAGGGAUGAUGAGGGGAGGGAUGAUGAGGGGAGGGAUGAUGAGGGGAGGGAUGAUGAGGGGAGGGAUGAUGAGGGGAGGGAUGAUGAGGGGAGGGAUGAUGAGGGGAGGGAUGAUGAGCCGUGCCCUCCGCUCACCAUCUCUUCCCCACCAGCAGCAGAACAUCUGAUGUGGCUUCAACUGCAAAUGCCAGUAUGCUCCUUCUCUUUCACCAACACCCUCUCGCUCAUCUGCCUCCCCCCCACUCACCAUCUCUUCCCCACCAGUAACAGAACAUCUGAUGUGGCUUCUACUGCAAACGCCACCUGCUGCUAA